CCAGUUUAAAUCUGGUUGUUUGCUAAGUUUUCCGUUAUGUAUCGACACAAAUGAGGUUUCUACCAUGAGUUAGGAGCUUUUAUGUUUAAGGUAAUUACGAUUUAAAGCUAAAACAUUCUUCUGGAAACGGCCACAAGGACUGGACUGAAAAUGAGAAACGUUGAGAAACAGCGAGAUAAGAAGCCGUUUUAGCGCUACGGGUCGUGACAGAGGAGGCGACCGGAAAACACGACUCCUAACGGGGAGGAGAGGCGGCCCUUGGACCCUGCGGGUCCCUGGGGAGCCGCUUCCUGGGACCCUGAGUUUAAUGAGUCUUUUAAUGGGACUGUCAUUAUCAGCGGGGUCUCCAUGGAAACGAAGCGUCACGACACGCGGAGGGGGACGCAGGUCGGUAUAAAAAGAGGAUGUUUGGAGACGGACUCCGAAACUCCGGAGACCUGCAGUCUGUUAGCCGAGCAGAGCCCACGAGACGAUCCACGAGAGUCCCUUAUAGCUGCUGCCAGCGCGAGACAUGCUGCACGAGGCCGAGCACCACCUCCACAACAUGAACAGAGAUCCAGAGUCCUGCAUCAGGAUGAAGCAAAGAGCGACUCCAUAUGAGAGGAGCCUCAGUGAUGGUUCCCCUCCUGGAACUGUCCGUCGGAUCUUCACCAACAGCCGGGAGAGAUGGCGGCAGCAGAACGUUAACGGGGCGUUUGCCGACCUGAGACGCCUCAUCCCCACCCACCCUCCUGACAGGAAGCUCAGUAAGAACGAGAUCCUGCGCCUCGCGCUCAGAUACAUCAACUUCCUGGACCGGCUCCUGUUAGACCAGGACCUGAGAGGGGCCCCCCAGAGCCGGGACGGGAGCCUGGUGGAGGAGGAUGAGGAGGUGCCGUCACCAAGCUCCAGCUGGCACAGUUCAGAGGAGGGAGACUCUGACGGUCUGACGGAGGUGCAGCUGCAGCUCCUCCACCUGCAGACCAGGUACAUCUGGGGCCAGGAGGAGGGGCCACACUGACCUACCUGCAGCUCCUUCUGGGAGGAAAAAGCUCCUGAGGUGGAAACUGAUGUUGGAGAUGCUUUCCACGUGAUGUAGAUCCAGAUUUAUUUAGUUUUAUUCAAAACCUUGUUCUCUCAGUCAGCUGAUCCAGAAUCAACCCAGAGAGAAAAGGAAACCCGAGACUCCGUCGUAAUAUUUGGGUUUUCUACCCUUGAACAACGCGAACUGUUUGAGGAAAUAAAGGAUCUC